GCUCCCUAAAUAAAUCUAUAGAGCAAUAAAACACUAUGAAAAUAUUGUAAAUUAUUAUACAAGUGAUUUUGUAAAGUGAAAUGUAAAAAGGCGAUGUCUAUAGUUUAUGACCUGUUUGCAUAUAUGGUGGCGUUCGUAUUUAAUUAGUUUAUUGCACCAAUCUGUAAGGUGGCAAGAGACAUUGUGCCUAGCUGUUUGAGUAGGAGUUAUUUCAUAUCAAUAACAAUACUAAAUCUGGAACAAUUCAGAAGUGUUAGAUAUGUGGUCUCUAUGAAGGAGUAAUAUAUUGUUACCUGAUUCAGGUUCAUUUACUUCACAUCCUCCAAAACGUUUGUCAACAUAUCUAGAAGUGAUCUUUAGAAUUUUAUAUAAAUAAAACGUGCUAGUCGUGUGUAUCUCGCAAUAUUUGCUUAUUGGAAUAAUGCACUUAAAGCUUAUUAGGUAACUUUGCAUUUGUACCUCUCGCAUACUGACAUAAAAGGUGUGAAAACUGGAACGCAAAUUUAAAAGGAAAUGCAAUAUUUUAAAGGAAGUUUUUCACCACCGUACUGAGUUUAUUACUACUUUUACAUAUUAUUUCAUGAUAACAGAAACUUAACAAUGAAGGAUUGUGGCGGAUGUAAGGAAUUGCGAGAAGAAUUUAGAGCAAAAAGAUUUGGACUUCAUCAUGAAAACCCAUCUCUAUUUGUUAAAUCUCAGUGGUUCAGACCAAAAUUUUAUAUAUUCUGGGUUGUGUUUUGGAUGUUAUUCUACACAGUUAUGCUAUGUUUAGAUAUUCAUUACAAUCUUGGCCUGGAUGGGGAAUAUUUCAUCUAUUUAACCAACUGGUCGUACUUAAUUCAAGCAGCGCACGUGUUCAUUGACUUCGGAGUGACUGUAUUUACACAUACAAAACGUAAAGAUAUAAGAGACGGAUUGGCCACAGGGACAGAAUGGUACAUGAAAGUCGCCUGGAUUUUCUUCAACAUAAACAACGCCAUAUCUUUGAUGGUCACCAUCAUAUACUAUGCUCUUCUAGAACCGAAAUUUAGUCAUGGAAGUAUCAACAAACAUUUGCUCAAUACGAUCUAUACUUUAUUGAGUUUGGUUUUCUGUGCGAAGCCUAUACAACUUCUACACUUCUACCAACCAAUGAUCUAUGGAUUUUUCUAUUUAUUGUUUUCUAUAAUCUACCACGCCCUCGGCUAUGCCCCUAUUUACUCGGUGCUAGACUGGAGUAAAACCGGAACUGCCGCUACAUUAUCCUGUCUUUCCUUAUUUAUUGGAAUCCCUCUGAUGCAUUUGGUGUGUUUUUCAAUUCAUACGCUUCGGGUAUAUGUCAGCACGAACACGGGCUGUUCCGCACAAAAAGAAUCGGACAACGGUCAGGUGAAAAGAGAGAUAACGGCAGGCGAUGUACAUCUUCAGGAGACUGCUCGAUCAAAACAGCCUAGUAUGAUUUAUACUUCUAAUGCGGUUAGUCCUGGCUCACAAUGAGCGGUAUGAGCAACGGGGUCCAUGGCCACUU